AUGUCCACAAGUGUUCUGCGACAAGUUGAAAAGCUUCAAUGUCCAAGUCGUACCUAUGCGAUUGUCAUCUCCUUCAACGAAAACUUGACUUGGAGUGGACAACUUUUCCCUAAAUUGGGAUGGGUGUUUGUCAAAAAUGAAUCUCUACAGCUUGCUACGAUUGCCAUCCACGACAACCCAAAGCUUUGUGUACCACCUGAUGCUUUGAUUAGGUUACAACAGCUUUCUGCAAUAGCUACCUCACGAGAAAGCACAUUCAUUCAGCACUGCCAUUGUGAUAUGAACACCCUGCAGAAGAUGGCGAAGGAGUCUGUGGUCACUCGUAAAACUCCUCUGAGUGUAGGAAGAUGUGUCGUAUUCAAUGGGGAUUUGACUAUAGACAAGUCUGUCCCCGAAAAUCUGAAGCAUGCCAUGAGCAAUAUCCGAACUAUACAUGGAACGAUAACUGUGCAAGACUCGACAUGGAAGGAAUUUCGAUUGCCGGUCCUCGAAGUAAUUGAGAAUGUAUCCAAGAAGCCAGCUAUAUUUAUCAAGGAUAAUGCUUAUCUCGAGAACGUCAGCAUGCCAUUUUUGAGGUCUUUGCUGAGUGCUGGAGAUCAUGUCCACAUAUACGACAACCCGAGACUUCGUUUAUCCGAUUUUAUGCGAGAGACGUUCCAAACGGCUGUACUGGCUGACCCUACAGAUCACAGCUCUUCCACCAUCCACAUAAAGACUUCACCGUGUCGGAUAAACGCCACUGGAAUCUCCAAAGAGCUUCAACAUUGUGAUUCUAUCGAUGGAGACAUCAAUAUCAGUGGAGAUUCCAAUGUUGUUAGGACCAAUUUAGAAUACCUGUCCUCGGUUCCAGAAGCUCACAAAGUAACACUACUUUCUGGAAUUACUGGUUUCCGAUUUCAAUUCGGAUCAUAUUUUCUAUUCAGGUUCUUUGUUGCUGAUAUUAACAAUGCUAGCUUGUACCAUGAUGUUCGCUAUUAUGGUGUUGAUGUACGUUUUCCAAGAAUUGACUUAAUUAUUCAAGAGGAAGUAGAGGUAUGGGGUGUGGAAAUGUAUGUGAAAUGCUUCAUGGUGAUUCCGGUUAUUCAAAGUCCCAUUCCGUUUUACCUCAUCUAA